AUGACCAGAUCGGCGGAAGGAAUCCGCGAUGCGAAUCACCUGGGGCUAGUACUCCCGCGUGAAUCACGAAGAAUGUCGCAAGAAGGUCGGAUACGUAAAAAGGGAAUUCGGCCACCCUGCAUAAACCGAGCAUGGCAAAGCGGCGUUUCGGCAGCGACGAGUGAUCGCGAUUUGGGUCAGAGCAGGAAGAAAAAGGGCCGGACAGAAGAUGAGGGCGCAGAGUGGGCACCAGGCCAAAGUGGCUACGGUGCCGGAGAUCAAAUCGAUUUCACUGCAGACCCGAUCCUCACAGGCAGUGUGAGAGAGCGUGCGCGUGGAGGCAGGGUCUGGCCAAAGGGUCUGAAGGCUGAAAACAAGCGGCGUGCAGGGGCCCCGUCUGGAUAUAAAGCUUCGGGCGCAAGAGUGACGUCGCCGGUUCGUGCGAGUCUCGAUCGCCUGCUGUUCGUCGAUGCGCUCGCGGAAUAG